AUGGAACCUCCAACGUAUCCAGGUAGGCGCCGCGGAAAGUUUUCGUCUCAUGCGCCUCCCGGUUUUGAUGCCCGCUCUCUGCCCCGAACCGCCGCACACGAGCCUCCUUCGGUCCACGAGGAGGCGCCCGCGUCGCCAGCUUCCACGAUUUCUUUUUACUCGGUGGAAGACUCAUCUGAAGAUGAAGAAGAUGCAUCCAGAGCGCCGCACGCCUUGAGCGGUGCGCCUCCGUCCGCGUCUGCUCGCCCGUCGUCUCACGCCUUCGCCGCGGGAACGCGGCAUGCCCUGCGAUCCGCGUCAACAACAUCGAAUGCAGCUGCAGAAGGCCGAGAGAAAACCUCAGGUUUUCGCAGCCCGUCUCGCUGGACGUCGCCCACGGGUGCGCAGAAUAGACGUGGCCUCCGGCCUGCCUUGCAGCUCGAGAAAGGCGCCGUCUCUUCGCCUCCGCCGGCCGGCGCGCCGCAGGCCUUCUCGGCCUCGGCGACGAGACAGGACGCUCGUGGACGAUGGGCGGGCGGCUUGGCAGAGGCCUCAGGUGCGCGCCAGAGUUCGAAGAGUUCCAAGUCCGCUGUGCAUGAGGAGAGGGCAGAAAAGGAAGCUACGCGAGGGGACGGGCGUGCGGCGAGCAGCGGGCUCAGGAGCACGUUUUCUGGCCUGCCAACCGACGCAGGGCGCAAGUCGCCUCUGCAGUCGCGCUUCGCCAAGCCCAUGUCUAAGUCCCCUGGCUGGACGCCGAGCGCGACAGGAGGUGGGGGGUUGAUUGACCUGAUCAGGCACGCGCCUGCGCUGCUUCGCAGGGAGCCCCAGGGCAGCGGCGAAUCCGAGAGACUCGCGGAUGCAGGACGGAGCCACGCGAGCCAAAACGACGGCGACGCAGAUCCGGGUGCUCUUCCCUCGGCCCUGGACACGUCGGCAGACGCCUCACACACUGGAGACUUGCGGCGGGGGUCUCCAGCCAGAGAUCGCCGCGCACGCGCGCCGACAUCCGCCGCUUCAGCGCCCUCUCCUCCGGCGGAUGAGGCGACGAAGGACAGAGGCGAAGACACGCAGUGGCGAGCAGCGAAGAGGAAGACACUCGACGCCUCCACUCAAGCCAAGCCGUGCCUCCCGGUCACGAGGGAGGAAGGCGACCUGCAGGCGGUGCGCAGGUCGCGCUCGCCGAGUGCCUUUCAUCUCUCAGACGAGGGGGCAAUCAUCAUCUCGUCUUCCUCUUCUGCGCGUUCUUCGCCGCGGUCUCCCCUGUCGCCGCUCAACACUCGCGCGCCCUCGCUGCACGUGGCCGCGCCUGUCAAGCUGGAGGUUCACGCGCAGCGCCGCGACAGCUUAUCUCAGAAUAAAGGCGAUUCGCUGCUGCCUGCAGAGGGUCACGACGCGGAGGCGAGUCCGAGGGACAAGCGAGCCAGGCCUGGUCCUCCUGCGUCUCGCGCCAAUAUGGAUUCAACUCCGCAGUCGCAGUCCGCGCCCUCCUCACCCGCGCCGUCUUCGCCUUCGCUCGAAUCCUCUCCCGAAUCUUCUCUGAGCUCUUCGGCUCCGCAUACGGCGGAUCGCCUCGCGGAGGGGGCGGCUGCGCCCUGCGGGUCCUCCGCCCCGGGGCCUGAACACGGCGUGGAGGCCCCUGCCGCGCCGACAGGGGCAGCGACAGGGAGCGAGGUUGGCGGGCUUGCGCGGCCCGCAAGCAGAAGGCGAAAACGCACAGAGAGCGGGCGAAUCGUAGCCACGGAGAAGAGGCCGCGCAUGGAGCCCGCGACUCCUGAAGAAGAGACUGACACAUGGGACAGUACCACACUCGCCCGAAGAGUGAGCGCGCGCGUGCGUCAGCUGCCCUUCUACGGGACAGCAGGGAAGAUCACCAAAGUCGAGCUAAAGGACUUUCUGAAUCACCGACAGCUCACGUGGACGCCCGGAAGUAACUGCAACGUCGUCACAGGCAUGAACGGGAGCGGCAAGUCGGCGCUGGCGCGCGCGAUUCUCUUUUGUUGCGGGGCCGAGGGCGUGGGCUCGGGCGCGGCGUCCUCCGCUUCCUCCGCGGCCGGCGACCGCGUGAAGCUCUACGAGUUCAUUCGGCAGUACUGGACCGACGAGGGUCCGCGGAUGGCAGAGGUGAAAGUCACAUUUUCCAACUUCAGAGACGCCCCGCCUGCGGAGCCCCGCCGCGCGCGGAGGUCUGUGGACCCCGCUAGCGGCACCGAAGCGACCGACGCGCCCGACGUGCUGAACUCUCUCUUCCAGACGAAGCGCGAGAUCUUGCAGGACUCAGACGACGAAACGCAGCCAAGCGCGAGGAGGAACUCCGCCUCGGCGGCCGCCUCGGCAGCAGACACCCCUGCGCCUGCGGAGGCUGCGCAUCGCGCGUAUCAGCCGGACGUGUGGGGCACGACGCUGACAGUAACCCGCCGCGUCUGGAAGAAGCGUGUCGCUUCGUCUCUGAGCAGCCGAGAGGGCGACGGGGAGGCUGCCGAGGGCGAGAAGUGGGCGACCGACCGUUCGGAGUUCUUUCUUAGCGCCGGCCGCGAAGGCACUGUCACGGGGCUGCAGCCGGUCAAGAAGGAGAAGAUUCAGCAGAUUCUGCGGCACUUUGGCCUCGACUUCACCAACCCCGCGGUCUACCUGACGCAGGAGAAAAGCAAGACGCUGCUCGUCUCCGCGAAAGAGGAGGAACUCUAUGCCUUCUUUACCGAGGUCACCGGCCUUGACGAGGCGUGCUCGGAGCUGCGCGCGUUGACGGCGAAGCUGUAUGAGACGGAGACGGAGUUGGCGAAGUACACAAGCAGUCUGGGGCCCUUCCAAGACCGCGUGGAAGUCUGGCGGCGGGCGCAGGCCGAGCUGCGCCACCUGGACAAGCAGGAGGAGGCACUCGCGCGGCUCUCUGCGCUCCUGCUGCUGCUGCAGCUGCGCGAACGACGUGAGGAGGAAGCGAGGCGCGCCGCCGCGCUCACGGCUCUCGAGCGGGAGGCUGCGGAAGAACGCGAGAAAGAGAUCGCCGCCAGCGAACACUUGGCGGCUAUCGGCGGCCGGCGGACUGCAGAGGAGCGUAAGAGACAGCAGGAGGAACUGGAACGCGUCACCGAAGACCUGCAGACCUGCGUGGCGGCGCAGCGCGAGCUCCGGCAAGACGCCAAGCGCGCCGCGCGUGAGAAGCUGGGAAAGGACAAGGCGAAGGAACAUGAGGAAAUGCUCCAGCGGCAGGCGCAGCAAAGGCUCCAAACUGCUGAAGAGACCAACGCGGCGCGACGCGCUCAGUUCGCCGCUGCGGCCGCCGAGCGAACCGCCGCAGACCUUCAGCGGCACUUGGCGCUCGUCGCCGACCGCCAGAAGCAGCAGGACGACGCUGUCGCGACUCACGAGGCUCACAAAGCAGCUAUCUCGGCGCUUCAGCGCGAGCUGGAGGCGAAGCUGUCUGUGCGCGAAGAGGCGGAGGUAAGUGUGCUGCGGCAGGAGGACAGCUGCCGGCUGGCGAAAGACUUCCUGCGGCAGACGCACGAAGAGCGCGCAGAGGGUCAGCGCCAGCGGCGCCUGGGCGGGGAGCAGCGCCUCGCUCACAUGCAGCGGCGCCGAGCGACGUGGCUUGCGCGGAAGGCCGCGCGGGAGGAAGAGCGGAAGAAGCGACGCGAGGCGGAGGCGGCGCAGGCGGCUGCCGGUGCGUCGCGCCGCUCCGAGCGCUCGACGGCUGCGCGGGACGACACGGCGGAGGCGCCGGAGGCCGCCCUCGCGCCCUCUUGCCCCUGGGGGUGGCGCAGUGAUCUCUACACGCCUCCUUCUUCUAACGCGGCGUUUUCUUCCGCUUCGCGUGGCGGGGCGCCGCCGCUGAACCUGGACGCCGUCCACGCGGAGCUCGGCGAGCUUGUGCGCAAGAAUGCUCUCGACGCCUUCCCGCUGGGGCCCGUGGGCGAGUUUCUCUUCGUGCUGCGCGAGGCGUGCGAGGCGGCUGGCGCGCCGCAGCAGUCGAUCUUGGCGCUCGUCGAGCGACACCUGCGGCCGCAGCUCCACACCUGGGUGGUCGCCUCCAAGCGCGACCAGCGCGUGCUUUCUGAGUUCUUCCGCGGGAAGCAGCUCGCGCGCAUUCCGCGCAUCGUCGCGGUUAACCCUGACGCUCCCCCGUAUCCUGACCGGCUUCUGCGGGGCCCCAGCGGAUCGGUCUUCACGGUCUACAAGGCCCUCUGUGCCCCUGCCCCCCAGGCCCCCGAGAGGCCCGCAGACGGGCGUGGACCGGAGAUGCCCGCCGCGAGCCCUCCUGCGGCGUUCUCGCCGUCUCUGCGCCUCGUGAAUCGGCGGCGCAGCGCAGCGGGCGCCGCGCCGGAGGCCGCCAGCACCGGCGCUGCGUUUUCUGCCUUCCGGUCGUCGCGCGGCGGACGCCUGCCGCAUCAGGUGCUUCGCUUCCUCGUCGACGUCUGCCGCAUCGAGUCGGUGGCGCUCGUGCCUUCGCACCGCUGCCUCGCGGCGCUGCUGCUGCAGGCCGCCAGCCGCCCGGAGAGCCGCGACGCCGACGAGCUGUACACGGGCGCGGAGAAGGCGCACUUCAAAGAGGGAUACGACUGGUCUGGCGGCCGGCACCUGAAGCGCUCCUUCGCUGGCGCCGAGGCGAUGCCCGGACCCGCCGGUCCGCAGGGGAGCGCGGGGCCCCAGGCCCGCUUCGUGCGGCUCGUCGCCGCGGAGGGCGGUCGGGGAGCGGGCGCGCGACUUGCCAGCGCCGUGGAGGAAGACGACAGCGCAGAGGAAGCGGCGCAGGAAGAGGAACUCCGGCGUCUGGUCAGAGAAAACGAAGAAAUCAGGAGGCAAGACGCGCGCACGGAGCGCGAAGAGGAGGAGGCGAUUCGCGAGGCGGAGACCAAGCUGGAAGAAGCGAAGAAGGAGCUCGAGCGAAGAAAAGAAGAGGCGAAGGCGCUGCUGGAGGACUCAGCAGCAGUCGACGAAUUGCGGAGCAAAAAACAGGCCAUGGUCGCGGAAGAAGUGCGGCUUGCCCAGACGGUCUCCUCGGCGCGCGAGGCACUGGCGGACGCGGAGCAGGAGCUCGGAGAGAUUCGCAUGAUCAGUGAGCAGCUGCAGCGGGCCGCGGAGAGCGCGACGCAGGCUGUGCAGGCGGAAGUGGAGCGCCAGCUCGCGCUGCUCCGGCAGACGGUUGAGGAGAAGAAAACUCGCGUCGCGCAGCUGGCGCAGGAGGCGCAGGCGCUCGAGGCGCAGGCCGCGGAGCUCGACCAACGAGCCGAGGAGAAGGAGCGCGAAAUCGAGGCCCUGGAGCAAAGGAAAACCGAGCUCGAGAAGAAAAGGCGGAAUUUGCAGGCUGCGCGCGAGGAAGGCGAGCGGCGUUUAGCGGCGCAUGCGCAGACGCGCGAAGAGAAGGAAAUGCAGGUCCAGGCUGCCCAAAAGGAGCUCGCGAAGUGCCGCGCUCAGCUGGAAGUUUUCUUGCAGGAGCACUUCCAAGGCAAAGAAAUCCCCGCGAAGCUUCCGGAGGGCGAGGCGCACCAGUGUGCGGCGGAGGCGGAGGGCCUUCGAAGAGACAUUUUCGCCAGGCGUAGCAGAAUGAAGUUCGAUCCACGUAUCGUCGAGGCGAAGCUUCAUGAGGCGGAACUCGCCUACGAGAUGAAACUGGAGCAGAUGCGCAGCGCGCGAGAAACCUUCGAGGUCUGCCGCCGGCGUCUCAUCAUCCGGAAGAAUAAAUACACUAAGGGCCUCAACGCGGUCACCUCGGAGGUUGUCGCUUCGUUUGAAAAUCACCUCGCGGGGGUCAUCCGCCGGCGCGCGCGGAUGCGGGUCGAUCACGAGGCGCGGGCGGUUCGAAUCGAGACCAGCGACGAGUCUCGGCAGGCGCACACGCACACGAAGACGCUCUCUGGAGGCGAAAAGUCCGCAGUCCAGCUCGCCUUUCUCAUCGCGCUCGCGCGGCGCAGCAGCAGCCCGCUGCACAUCUUCGAUGAAGUGGACGUCUUCAUGGACGAGAACAAUCGGAUCAAAAACUUCAACUUGCUUCUUCAGUUUGGCCUCGAGUCCGAACCCGACAAGCAACUCUUCCUCAUCACGCCUCACAGCGAGAUCUCUCAGUUCAUCCACGAUAACUACGAAGAGAAGGAUGUCUUCGUGCAAACGGUUGCGAAGGUCGCCUCGGCGUGA